AUUGAAAGCCCGCGAUCUUUGUUCGUGGCAUUCUGUUACAAUUCUUGUGUUACUUUGUAAGAUCUACACACUGUUUUCAUCCACAAGUUUUACAAGAGUCUCAUGUCAAAUCUACGUAAAAGUGAGAGCGGUGCGCAGCUUUUAGGAAGGCUUGGAACUCGUCCUUCCCUUAAAGGCUUGGAACCAGCAUUGUUAGGGUCAGAAUCUGUCCAAGGAGAUGUGGUGGAGUUUUUUGGUGGAGAUGCUGUUGGGAAAAGUGAGUUGCUGCUCCAUCUUGUUGCCUUGGCUGUCCUUCCAAAUACCUGGAAAAGCAGGCACUUGAAAGGUCACAAGGCAGAGGUCAUCUGGGUUGACACAGACCUAAAGUUUUCAGUUUUGCGCCUUGCUGUAAUUAUUGAACAACGAAUCAUUACAGGACUAAGAUCCCAGUCAAGAGUUGAUGUUGGUGUACAGGACGAUGGGAAUGGUUGUGUUCAGACAUUUGCUGGUGAAAAUUCUGGUUCAUGUGAAGCAGAGCACAACCACGCAGAAGCUAGUGCACAUGUGUUUCCUUCACAGCAAGUUAGUACCAGAGAUGCACAUAAUGGUACAAAAUGUCAUGUUAACAAAGAAGAGAAGUGCGAUAAAAGUAAUCUCAUUUGUAUUGAAUCUGCAAGAUACAAUGUUGAAACAAAUUCUAGAUGUAACAUUUUAGGUGGGAGAAAACGUACUGCCAGCCAGAUGAAUGAUAAUGAAAAAGACUAUUGUGGUGAUCUGAGCUCCAAGUGUCUUCAUAACAUCUCUUCUGAAUCUGUGAUGAGUGGUUUAUGUUUUGACAUCAAGGAUUCUGCUAAUAAGUCUGAAGGCGCAUUUCCCAGCUUCAAAGAGUGCAAAUUUCAACAUGAAACUAAGAGCAUUGCUGGGUCAUGUGAGGAAACCAUGGUAACUGAGCAGGAGCUACAGCUUCUGGUGCAGCAAUGUCUGGAGCGAGUGCAUAUAGUUCGCUGUACUUCAUCUCAGCAGCUGUUAUGCACACUGCACUCUUUGGAUGCUACCAUUGCAGCUAAUUCCAACAUUUCUCUUCUUGUGGUUGAUCCAAUAUCAGCUUAUUUCUGGUCUGACAAAAACAGAGACUUGAACCACCACAGUUCUUAUCUGCACAAUGUUACCUGUAAUGUUGUUAAUAUUCUGAAAAAGUUCACUAAGACAUACAACUUACUUGUGAUAGUUUCCAAGCAAGCCUUGAUGAAACCAAAACAAAAAGAAGUCAAAGGAGAGAGAUAUGGUACCCCUUGUCCAACAGCAGCAGUUCCUGGAUUGGACAAUGACUUUCAGGUUGGAUUUUUGGGCAAACCUUGGAGUGAGCUAACCUCCAAAAGCUUUUUGUGUGAAAAAAGUGAGUGGAGUAGAGAACACAGUACACAGCAGCACUAUAGACUGCUUGGGAGCCAAGACUACCAGAAAUACUUUGUGAUUAAGGAGAGUGGUGUAGAAUUCAUCGAGUAGCAAAACAGCAAAGGUCUGAGCAUUGAAAAGAAGGGAGGGAUAAGUUGGGGGGAAAAGAGAAUGUGCAUCAUGUGUUUUGUGUGUGUGUGUGUGUGCAUGCAUGUGCACAUCUAUGUGUGAGGGCAGGAUAAGAGAGUUUUACAUAAAUCUAUUCUUAUACAUAAGUUCUCUUAAAAAAUUGUUUCUAAAUUGUCAAGUGCCUUUGAUUCUUACGGGCAGAAAGGCUUCAGGGUAUUGCUUUAUAGCACUGUUUGUCAUGAAAGUUAUCUGACCUAUUUUUAUGAAGUCAGUAAAAUAUAAUGUAUUAAAUGCCAUAUGUGCAGUGGACUGUAAAGUGUUUUAAAAAGAUAGAAAUGCAUUGAUAAAUGGAGCAUUUCCUUAAUCACACGAAGUAUUUAAAUAUAAAUUUGGUCUGUAUGAAUACCCUUUUUUGAAAAAGUCUAACAUUCAUUUAAAGAGAUUGAAGAUAAAGCACAAAUGCAGAAAAGAUGCUUUUGUGUUACAGCUUCAGACACUCAUGUGCCUGUGUAUGCGCUGGUAUUGCAUGUACAUAUAUGCAUGUAUUUGGUCUCUGUGUGCACAUGUCUAUGUCAGCAGUUGAAAGUGUGUUGGCUAAACAUCAAGAAAGGGAUUUGUGUGUUUAAGUUUGAUAUUAAGUGGGAAUAUAGGUUACAGGAUCCCAAACUUGACUGCAGGAAGUGCGUUAUGCUGGUCUAGAAUAAGAACCAUAAAAGGCAAUUGAUUUCAAACUUUUAUUUUUGACUGCAAUUCAGACACUGAGGACUGGUGCUGUUCUACUGUAGUGUAUUACUACUGUAAGCAUAAAUUGCCAUGUAUUUUUUCAAAAGGUGAUUGGAGGAUGAGGUGUUUUAUUGGAGCCAGCUCUUUUGUGUGAGGGUGGCGCCCAUCUCUCUUCUCUUUCAGCUUUCCCUUUCCCCAAUCUUCUGUGGAAUCAGGUAUCCACUCCUGACAACUGGGUCAGCUUGUGGAAAGUUUAUUCACAUUCGAAUACUCUAACCACUAGGCUAUCAAAGAAUUCUCUCUCAUUAUCCACAGUAGAAAUGGGUAUCUGAAUUAUAGAGAUUAAGCGCGGUGGAAUGAGAUGGUUUGGCUGGACUGCUUCCUUCCCUGUCUGUGUGGACAUGGUGAUAAUUAAUAUUGAUCUGUAGAAUCUUCUAACAUGCUUUGAAACAUGUCUUCAUGAUGUUGACUCUUCUUUGUCCACCAUAUAUAUGUAGCAUAAAUACAAUUUUUAAAACUCAGAAAAGCACUCGUGUGUUUAGUCCUUGUUACUCCUCGAGGAGCAUAGAGCCACCAGAAAAGCACUUAAUCACAAACAAAUGAAAAAGAACAAUUGAUCAUGGCACAGUCGUAUCAUUUAUUUACAUUGCUGACAGUAACAAGCUCUGUACAGUAAACCUGACUACCUAAUGAUGGUGUCUUCCUCUGGCAAAACACAAGUUACAGAUGAUACAUCAGUAUAUCACUUCAUGGAACAUCAUGUAGACCUUUACUUACAGUUGCAUCACCAUUCAUCCUUUGCUGUAGCAUGUACCGACGUAUGAAUCUUGAACAGCAUUAACAGUACUGCUACCACUCCUGACUCAGUUCCCAAGUAUGUGCUGGUCUGCUACAUAAGCAUAGAGAGCAUUCUAUCAACCUCAACAUUUUAGUUUAUGUUUUUACAGGUCAGAACCAUUCACAUUCCUCAUAUUGUUUCCAGCUGUCCAGUGUUAAGUUUUUUAACUGAAACUUUGGAAGACACUGCAUUUUUGUAUCAAUUUCCCUAAAACUGAAGGAUGCCAUAAAGUGUCCAAGAUUAGUGAAAGCAUUUAAACAGUAACUUUUCUGGUAUGCUGUGAAAGCUUCCAUUUCUGUAAUAUAGACUGAUACAUGUUAUGUUCAAGGAAAGGCUUAUAAAGAUCAGACUAUUUACAUUUGUCCAUUUGUUUCAUAACCCUAUUUGCUAUGUACAUCUUGUAAGUUCUGGUUUUUUCCAGCUGGCCAACUUCUUUUCCUUCUUCAGUGCAACAGUCAUCAACUAUUUUAUUUACAUACUGGGGAUUAUGUUGCAAUACGUAGAAACAAAAAGGUUUUACAGGGGUUUCCAGCUGUUUGUUAUUUCACCUGUUAUGCACUAAACAAUGACCAGGCUGAAAAGCUUGAUUCUCAUUUGACUUGCCUGAGCCUUAAAAAAGCCUUACAACUUAAUUAAAAGGUAAUAUGUC